GGCGGAGAGCGCUGUCAGUCAUCCGGAGGCGUCUGGUUUCGAUGCAAAUAGGCUACCUACAGAGCUGCUGAUCGCGUUUCAUUUUAAGAAAAACGAUUGUAUGCAUAAGAAUCAGUGAGGGUUAGUUUGUUAAGUUAAAAGCCUUGGCAAUGGAGGGAAGGAUUUCUAUCUCGAUUCUGCUGUGUCUGGUGUUGUCAGGUGUUGGUGCUAUCGUAGUGGACAUCCCAAAGGACGAAUACGAGUAUGCCAGGGGUGACAACAUCACACUGCCCUGCAUCUUUAAAACUACAGUCGUCCCCAAAUCAGUCACCAUCACAUGGAAAUCUCAGGGUGCAGAAUUCCACGCUAAAUCGGACACAGUCAUCACUUAUUUUUCUCUCGAUGGCGAAAUUGAGGUUGGUACGAAGUAUCAAGGUCGGGCGUCCCUGGAUGUUGACGUUUCCAAGGGAAAGGCCGACCUGAAGCUGUCCUCCAUCACACUAGCGGACAACAAGACGUUUGAGUGUACAGUCCUGAUACCGCGUGACGCUCAGGGCACUACGUCCGACUCUGCAAGUUUGGUGGUUCUAGUGGCACCAUCUACGCCCACCUGUACGAUCCAAGGUAAGGCAGAGUACGGCCAGGACAUCACCCUUAAGUGUUUGUCUGCGGAAGGCUCCCCGCCUCCCACUUAUAAGUGGGUCAGUCGAGAUACCAACAACAUGCCUCGUGCUCUAGAUCCGCGAACCACUGACCAGGGAGGCAUCCUGUCUCUAUACAAUAUCUCCAAAGAUGCAUCAGGAUACUACAUCUGCACCUCAAGCAACAAGAUCCGCUCUGCUACCUGUAACAUCACCCUCACAGUCAUGCCACCUUCCAUGAACAUUGGCUCCACUGCAGGAAUUAUUGGUGCAGUUGCCGCUGUUUUAAUUGUACUCGUCAUCAUCAUCUAUUGCUGCUGCUGCCGGAAGAAAAACAAGGAGGAGGAAUACGCCAUGGGAGUUCAUGAGGAUGAGUUCCACGACAAAGAGCAGACUACAAAUGGUGAGCGUCGACACAUUGAUGGGCAAGAGGAAAUACUUAGUAAUGAUGCCCCCAAUGUGAAGAGCGCCGCUGAUCGCAGUGACCGGUAUGAGGAACGGAAUGAGCGCGACUACGACGAUCGCAGUGACCGGUAUGAGGAAAGGAAUGAGCGCGACUACGACGACCGCCGCAGCGACUACGACGACCGCCGCAGCGACUACGACGACCGCCGCAGCGACUACAAGGACCGCCGCAGCGACUACGACGAUCGCCGCAGCGACUACAAGGACCGCCGCAGCGACUACGACGAUCGCCGCAGCGACUACUCUGACCGGCGUGACAAGAAUAGUGAUCGCUAUGACGACAAGCGCCGCUAUGAUGACCGCAGAGACCAUCGUCUUGAUGAUGACCGCUACGAUGAUCGUGACAGGCCACCUGUGCCAGCCCUUAAACCACCAAGGAAGGACUACAAGGAUUAAGGCCUCCAACCUUCAUCAACCACUGUCUUCAAUCACCUGCUUCUAUCUCCACUGACCUUAUUCCAAUGGCAGCCAGUUACCUCAGUCAAGGUGUGACCUAAUUGGCUCAAACAACAUCUUUGCCUCCAAGGAAGCAUAAUCUGUCAUUUUCUGUUUGAAAGAUAAAACAAUUAUGAGGGUACAGUGGUGGGGGGGGGGGCAAAGACAAAACUACUAGGAAAAAAUACUUUUUAUACUGCUGUGUAAUCUAGUUGGUAUUUUAGCUUUAAACUUGAUAUGUUAGCAUUGUUACAUAAAAAUACAAGGCUUUUCGCUGUCUGUCUUGUGAUGGCAUCUGCUGUUGGGUGUAACUGGUGAUUGUUUUUGUUUAUUUGAGUUACAUAAUUUACAUCCUUGUACAGAAAUGUAUGCAUUGAACACAUUUUAUUGUCCUUCCCGUUUAUAAACUUUUUUUUUUAAUAUUAAUAAUAUAAUGAUAUAGAAACUUGAACAAGAGCUUCCUCUGAUUGUUGGGAUUGAUGUCACCACAGAUCUCUCAGGGUUGAGCAUACAGAAUAUAAUCUGUUGCCAUGCCACCUUCAUGUUGUUUUUUUUUUUUAUUAAUUAUUUUGAGCUUUCUGUUGAAAUGCAAGGAAAUAUGAUAAUAGUACAUAUACUUUUAUCAGUUUUAAUCUCAUGUUGUGAAACAUUUUGAGAUGCAUUCAAUUCAUGAUAUAGAUAUAUACUGUAAAACAAAUAAAGCUGAUUAAAUAAAGUUAA